AUGGGGUUACUUGCUGCAGGAACACCAUUACAAUGGUUAGAUUCAAGGAAAUAUAAUGAAUUCAUUAAAACACAAGGGAUAGAACAAUUACUCUAUGUCUUUCAAGCUGCCUCUAAACGUAAUAACGAUCCACUACUAUGGGGUGAUGAACUAGAAUACAUGAUGUUAGAUAUUGAUCUUGAAAGCAAAAACGCAAUGCUAGACAUCAAUCAUGAUUCCAUUUUACAUUCAUUCGAUAAUGAAGAUUUCCCAUUAUGUAGAAUCAAUGAUGUCUUAUUCCAUCCUGAAUAUGGUAGAUUCAUGUUAGAAGCUACACCUGGGAAACCUUACGAUGGAUAUAUGGAUGAAUAUAUUGAAUUCAAUAUGAAAAAUAGAAGAAAUUUAGCUAAAUUUAAAUUGGAUCAAUUCCCAACCACCAAAAAGAAGGAAAAAUUAGUACCAAUUAGUUUGACUGUGUUUCCAAGAAUGGGGUGUGAAGAUUUCCUUAAUAUGGAAAACCCUUGGGAUCAUAAAAACUCCGUUUCGAGAUCAUUAUUCUUACCUGAUGAAGUCAUUAAUAGACAUGCUAGAUUUCCAACUUUGACUGGGAAUAUUAGAAUAAGACGUGGUGAGAAAGUUUGCAUUAACAUACCAAUGUUUAAAGAUAAAUUUACUCCUAAAUUUGAUGAUUCCAUUUAUGAAAGAGAUUGGUUUACUCCAGAAGAUCAAGAAACUUUGAAGGCUUCUAAACCAGGUUUCAUUUAUUUAGAUGCAAUGGGGUUCGGUAUGGGAUCAUCAUGUUUACAAAAUACUUUCCAAGCCCCCGAUAUUGAUAAAGCUCGUUAUUUGUAUGAUUCAUUAUGUAAUUUCGCUCCAAUUUUCUUGGCUGCAUCAGCUGCUGCUCCUGCAUUCAAAGGUUGGUUAGCUGAUCAAGAUGUUCGUUGGAAUGUUAUAUCAGGUGCUGUGGAUUGUCGUACCCCAAGAGAACGUAACGUACCACCAUUAUUACCUAAAUUUAAUAAAGAUGGUCUUGGUGGGUUGGAUGAAGUUGCUUCGAAACAUGUUCAGAAGAUUCCAAAAUCAAGAUAUAGUUGUGUGGAUUUAUAUUUAGGUGGUAAUAAAUUCUUCAAUAGAACUUUAAAUGAUACAGAAGUUCCAAUUAAUGAAAAAAUAUUGAAACGUUUAUUGGAAAAUGAUAAAGCUCCAUUAGAUUAUGAUUUAGCCAAACAUUUCGCACAUUUAUUCAUUAGAGAUCCAAUCUCUGUCUUUGAAGAAAGUAUCAAUCAAGAUAAUAAGACUUCUACAAACCAUUUUGAAAAUUUACAAAGUACAAAUUGGCAAAGUUUAAGAUUUAAACCUCCAACUCAAGAAGCUAUACCAAGUAAUAAGAAUGUACCUGGUUGGAGAGUGGAAUUUAGACCAUUGGAAGUUCAAUUGACUGAUUUUGAAAAUGCUGCAUAUUCAACUUUCAUCUAUUUAAUUGUAGAUUGUCUUUUAACAUUUUCUGAUAAGAUUAAUAAUUAUAUUCCAAUGUCACAAAUUUGGGACAAUAUGCAUACUGCUCAUCAUAGGGAUGCCAUAUUAAAUGAGAAAUUUUAUUGGAAAGAUUCCAUAGAUUCAUUAGAUUUUAAAUCUUCUAAAUACUCAAUGAACGAAAUCUUCCAUGAUUCGCAAAUGGGUAUUUUUGCUACAUUUAUAAAUCCAAUUCUAAAACAUAAAGGUUUUAUUCAAAGUGAUUGGCAAGAAUUAAAAUCCUCUAAGGAACAUUUAAGAACUUACUACUAUUUGAAAUUGAUUUCUGAUAGAACUUCAGGUAAAAUUCCAACCAUUGCCAAAUAUAUUCGUAAUUUCAUAAUGAAUCAUCCAGAUUAUAAACAUGAUUCUAAAGUUAGUAAAUUGAUUAAUUUCGACCUUAUAAUGGCAUGUGAAAGGAUCACUGAUUUUAAUAAUUCAAGAAAUGAAAUGGCUGAAUUAUUUGGUAAAGAAAUUACUGAUUAUUUAUUGACUAACAAACUUUCAUAUGAAAAAUAA